CAUGCUGCUGCCAGGUCCAGAGUCUCUCAUGGGUCCCUGUACGGCCUCCCAUUGCUGCUGUCUCCAUCGCCACACUCUGCCACGUGCCACUUUCAGGUCUCCUCACACACUGCUGUGUUCCAUUUUGUCAUAGGGUGCUGGCAGAUUACGGGCCUCCCAUUGCUGCUGCCAGGCCUUAAUCUGCCAUGGGCCCCUGUACCGCCUCCUCAUGCUGCUGCCAGGUCCACAGUGUCUCAUGGGUCCCUGAACCGCCUCCCAUUGCUGCUGUCUCCAUCGCCACACUCUGCCAUGUGCCACUUUCAGGUCUCCCUCACACUGCUGGUGUGUUCCAUUUUUUGU